AUGGAGAGCUCCACUCCUCGCAGGACUGUCUACCGCAUUUCUUUAACUUUGGUCAAAAGACAAAGUUUGGACCAAGACACAGAAAGUGAGAAAUGCAGAGUUUUCCGACGCGAUCAUUCCGUGGACGUCCACCGCUGCGGCGUCAUGGAGCAGCUGCAGGAGGAUGAGGAAACCGACCAAUCACAGUGCGGCGCCAGGAACUUCAGAACGUUCAGCACGGGACACAUAGAGAUGGGACGAAGAACCAGGAGUCAGAGAUUAGAGCGAGAUCGCAACAGUUUUGUUACAGAGAUCAGAAAGAGUCCAGAGAACAGGAGCAACAUCAGCACUCAGAAGGAGCAGGACUGUUCCAACAAUAACCACAACCAUGAGAGGAACCAGGACUGUGAGACCAGCACUGUCUCUCCUGCAGAUGAUGGUAGGCCAGUCAAGGAAGACUGGGCCAGAAUUCCAGACAAAUAUGGAACUUUUGGCGAGUCUAAAAGAGUGUCUGAAAUGGUGAAGUCUCUUGAGGAAAAGGCGAGAAGUGAAAACACAACAGCAAAGAGGCUGCUCAAAGCCAAGAGCGUGGACGAGCGCAGCGUGGAAGCUAGCAAAGCUAACAACAUGGCCUCCUCGCCUCCUGCUGACUCAGAGUCCAGGUCUGUACUGAGAAGGAGCUUCAGUUUCCGACACUGGAGCGGAGCAGACGGACUCAGGAUCAAAGCUUUGUCCAGAGAGAGACACCACGGCAGCUCAGGCAGCCUCCCACAGAAGGCCAAGACCCGGGUCCUGGGAGCGGGACCAGACCUGAACCAGGCCCAGGGUCCGGACCCCAAGAGGAAAACCCGGACUCUGGACAACAGUGAGCUGCAGAGCCUGGAGGGCGGGUUUAAGCGUGGAGCUGAUAGCAGGAGCAGCGGGCGCCGGCUGGUCCGGUUCUUCAGCGGGAUCUUUGGGAAACGGGAAAGUCCCACAGGAAGUCCUGGUCUGAACCGGAGUCUGUGCAAAGACCACCGCAGCGACAGUGGGGAAACCUGGCACUCUGAAGAUGCGUUUGUGAACAGUCAGGAGUGGACUCUGAGCCGAGCAGUUCCAGAACUGAAAGUGGGCAUUGUGGGUAAUCUGGCGAGUGGGAAGUCUGCGCUGGUUCAUCGAUAUCUGACUGGAACCUAUGUCCAAGAAGAGUCUCCAGAAGCCGACGUCGACGCAGGCGGCAGGUUCAAAAAGGAGAUGGUGGUGGACGGCCAGAGUCACCUGCUGCUGAUUCGAGAUGAAGGGGGCCCCCCGGAGGCUCAGUUCUCUCUGUGGGUGGACGCGGUGGUCUUCGUCUUCUCCCUCGAGGACGAGAUCUCCUUUCAGACGGUGUUCCAUUAUUUCAGUCGUUUGGCGAAUUUCAGGAACACCACCGACCUGCCGCUGGUCCUGGUGGGGACACAAGAUGCCAUCAGCUCGGUGAAUCCUCGUGUUAUUGACGACUCUCGAGCUCGAAAACUGUCCAACGAACUGAAGCGCUGCACGUACUACGAGACCUGCGCCACCUACGGGCUGAACGUGGAGCGAGUGUUCCAGGACGCGGCGUCAGGGGCCCUCACAGAUGAAGCAUUAGGAUUUGGGGCACACGCUUUACUGUCAGCACACUGGGAGAUUAAUGGACAAACACAGACCCAGCAGGAGCUCAGCCAAACAGGACUGAGCGGUGACAGGUGCCCUUCAACUCAUCAGGUCACCACAACUUUUAAACAAGCCAGAAAGUUCUCUCUGUGGGUGGACGCGGUGGUCUUCGUCUUCUCCCUCGAGGACGAGAUCUCCUUUCAGACGGUGUUCCAUUAUUUCAGUCGUUUGGCGAAUUUCAGGAACACCACCGACCUGCCGCUGGUCCUGGUGGGGACACAAGAUGCCAUCAGCUCGGUGAAUCCUCGUGUUAUUGACGACUCUCGAGCUCGAAAACUGUCCAACGAACUGAAGCGCUGCACUUACUACGAGACCUGCGCCACCUACGGGCUGAACGUGGAGCGAGUGUUCCAGGACGUGGCUCAGAAGAUCGUGUCUCUGAGGAAGAAGCAGCAGCUCUCCAUUGGCCCGUGUAAAUCAUUGCCAAACUCACCGUCUCACUGUCCUGGGACUGCUCCUGCUGCUACUGUAGCACCACCGCUAACACAGACGGCUAACGGCUCCGGAGUGGGUGGAGCUCUGAGCGACUACUCGUCGUCUGUGCCGUCAACGCCGAGCACGAGUCAGAAAGAGUUGCGUAUCGACAUCAACAACACGGUUAACAGCGCAAACGCUAACAACACGCCCACGCCAGUGCGCAAGCAGAGCAAGCGCCGCUCCAACCUCUUCACGUCUCGAAAAGCGACAGACGUCGACAAGAAGAGUCUGGAGAACAGAGCUGAUAGCAUCGGGAGCGGGAGAGCUAUUCCCAUCAAACAAUCAGAGGAGGCGCAGUCAGAGGAGGCGCAGUCAGAGGAGGCGCAGUCAGAGGAGGCGCAGUCAGAGGAGGCGCAGUCAGAGGAGGUGCAGUCAGAGGAGGCGCAGUCAGAGGAGGCGCAGUCAGAAGAGGCGCAGUCAGAGGAGGCGCAGUCAGAGGAGGCGCCGUCAGAGGAGGUGCAGUCAGAGGAGGUGCAGUCAGAGGAGGUGCAGUCAGAGGAGGUGCAGUCAGAGGAGGCGCAGUCAGAGGAGGCGCAGUCAGAGGAGGCGCAGUCAGAGGAGGCGCCGUCAGAGGAGGUGCAGUCAGAGGAGGAGGCGCAGUCAGAGGAGGCGCAGUCAGAGGAGGCGCCGUCAGAGGAGGUGCAGUCAGAGGAGGAGGCGCAGUCAGAGGAGGCGCAGUCAGAGGAGGCGCCGUCAGAGGAGGCGCCGUCAGAGGAGGUGCAGUCAGAGGAGGUGCAGUCAGAGGAGGCGCAGUCAGAGGAGGCGCAGUCGGCGCAGUCAGAGGAGGCGCCGUCUCCUGAUUUCUCUGUGGACUUUCCUCAUUAA